AUGGCCAGCAUCCUAUGGGUUGGAGAGGCUGAGGGUGGAAUCCAAAACUGGGAGGAGAAGGAGGAGAAAGAGGAAGAGAAAGAGGGGGCAGCAGUGGCUGUCCUGAUGGCUGAGGGGGCUCUGAAUCCCCCUGGGGAUCAGCUGUCCCAGAGGAGGAAGGAAGCCCAGGAUGGGGGCCCCCAGGGGAUCAAGUUGGAGUUACACCCGCUGCUGAACAGGUGGGCUCUAUGGUUCUUCAAGAAUGACCGCAGCCGAGCCUGGCAGGACAACCUGCAUCUGGUCACCAAGUUUGACACCGUGGAGGACUUUUGGGCGAUGUACAGUCACAUCCAGCUGGCCAGUAAGCUCUCUUCUGGCUGUGACUACGCCCUGUUCAAGGAUGGCAUUGAGCCCAUGUGGGAAGAUAGCAGGAAUAAGAGGGGUGGCCGCUGGCUGGUCAGUCUUGCCAAGCAGCAGCGUCACAGUGAGCUGGACCGCCUGUGGCUGGAGACCCUGCUGUGUCUGAUCGGGGAGAGCUUUGAGGAGCACAGCCGGGAGGUGUGUGGGGCUGUCAUCAACAUCCGAACCAAGGGAGAUAAGAUUGCUGUGUGGACCAGGGAGGCAGAGAACCAGGCGGGCGUGCUGCACAUUGGGCGUGUGUACAAAGAGCGCCUGGGCCUCUCCACGAAGAUCGUCAUUGGGUACCAGGCCCAUGCAGACACUGCCACCAAGAGCAACUCCCUAGCCAAGAAUAAGUUUGUGGUGUGAUUCAGCUGCUCCUGAGACUCUCACUCUGUGUGUGUGUGUGUUUGUGUGUGUGUGUGUGUGUCUGUCUGUCUGUCUGUCUGUAAGUAAGGGGAUGCUGGGCUACAGUGCUGAUGCUGGGUAGGACUAGGGGGUAGAGAACCGGGUUCUCACUUGUCCUGGAGUGAAUAUGAACAUUGCUUAACAUGAGUUGGGGCCUAGGCAUAGAUCUGUGGUCAGGGAGCCAUCCUGAGGAUGCAGAACAGGUGGAGGAAAGCCUUGAGUUUCCUUGUUUCACCUGGGGGUGGGCUGGGGGUGAGUCACUGGGGAAAGGAGAGCUCAGAGGAAGGUGGAAAGAUGGCAAGAGAACCCUACAAUCCAGCACUUACUCUCUCUGCACCCCUGAGAAAGAGGCUGGGUGACCUGAGGGCCAGACUCUUCUGAUUUGGGGGAGCAGGCCCAAGACCACUGACACUCUGAGAGCAGGAGCUCAAGGACAGGAGGGGGAUGGGCUUUCCUCUUUGUAAUCACUCUACUUUAAACUUUUAUGAAUUGCCUUUCAUCAGAUUUAUAGCCUUGGAGCCUCCCCAGUAUCCUGUACCUUCCCUCAAGCAGCCGUGGGUGGGGCCUCGGAAGUGGGGUUGUAGAUCAAAAGCGUUGGAGGCUUACAGGCAGAACCCCACUAUCUCACAGACAUGUGGUGAGCUAAGGACUGAGAGAGUCCUGUGUGUCUACUUGCCCUUUCCUCAGCUGUGGCCAGGGCUGUCUGGGCCUUGCCUGCCUCAGAGUCAGGCUGAAUGGAGGCGGGUAGAUAGAUGAGACAGGACAGUGGUGGUUAGGUUUGAGAUGGAUUAACUGGAAGGUGAUGAAGUUUAAGCCCCUUUCUGUUCCUGCUCCAA